AUAAGAAGAGAGAAAGGACAGCAAAAUGGAGAACGGUGCCUCAUCUGAUGGCAAGGAUCCCUCAGCUUUUCUGGGUGAAAUCAUUGGCGCCCCAGUUACUGUUAAAUUGAACUCAGGCGUUGUCUAUAAAGGGGAACUUCAAUCGGUAGAUGGCUAUAUGAAUAUCGCUCUGGAGAAAUCUGAGGAGUUUGUUAAUGGAAAUCUGUCCCGCAGUUACGGGGAUGCCUUCAUUCGCGGAAAUAACGUGCUGUAUAUAUCCGCGCAUUAAUACUAUGAAUUUCUAUUAGCGACUCUUUUCUAUCAACUGGAUGACCAGCGCAGAUAGUCAAUCCAAAUGGUUUUUGUUUGAGCCUCUGAACGAGGUUUCCAGCAGCGGAAACAAUCUCUUAUUUUAAGACCCAUGUCAAAUAAAAGGAUAGUUAUACUUUAGAAUCUGCACUGCC